AUGGAUGCUAGUAACCAUGAUAUGGUAGGAGUUCUUUCCAGAGAAAUGAAUACCAUUUUUUCUCCCCUAAUACAGAAUGUAAAUAAGACUAACAAUGAUAAUGCCCAAACAUACCAACAAUUGCCAGCGCAGAUGGGACGCAUAGCAGAUUUCCUAGGCGCCCCUCAGUCCUCUGUUCGACGCAGACCAAACCAAGUUAUAAUCCAGGAAGAAGAACCAACUAUAAAUCAAGUUCGAGCACCUAGACAAGCGCCUGACGAAAGGGUCAUGGGGGCAAGAUUAGAACAACAGCCAGUUCGACAGGAAGUCCCUGAAGAACAACCUAGGAGAAUAAUGAUGGUUAAUAGAGACCAGGAUGCAGACGAAGUAAUUCAUAGGGCUAGGCAAGAAAACAUGAUGGAAAAUAACAUAACUACUAUGAUAGAGAGAAUCAUGGCCCAGAAUGGUCUGAAUACAGGACUUCGACGGCUAAAUUAUACCUCUCCUUUAUCAGAAUAUGCCCUACAAAUUGAAUUACCAAGGGGUUGUAAAAUCCCUAAGUUCACCAAAUUCUCAGGGGACACUAGUGAAUCCACUAUAGAACACAUAGCUAGAUACAUGACUGAGGCAGGGGAUUUGGCGAACAGUGAGAAUUUAAGAAUGAAAUGUUUCUCCAGUUCUUUAACGAAGAAUGCCUUCACGUGGUUUACAACUUUGCCACCAAAUUCCAUAGAUACUUGGCCUCAUUUGGAAAGAUUAUUCCAUGAACAAUUCUACAUGGGCCAAACUAAGAUAAGUCUUAAGGAAUUAGCCAGUAUUAAAAGAAAAUUCACCGAACCUAUAGAUGAUUAUCUGAAUAGGUCCCGUUUGUUGAAAUCUAUAUGCUUUACAGUAGUGCCUGAACAUGAAUUGGUCGAAAUGGCCGCUGGAGGGUUAGACUAUUCCAUUGGGAAAAAGUUAGAUACCCAGUAUCUAAGAGAUAUGGCCCAAUUAGCAGACAGGGAGUCUGAAAUCUCUAAUGACCCUUAUGGUCCCGAGGAAUUCGAAGUAGAUUUGGCUGAGUUAAAAGAAGCACCACCUUAUGCUUGUAAAUUACUUACAUCUUCGAAUGGCAGGAACCCUGUCGAAACUGAAAAGAAUGAUAGAUUUCCUAAAAAGACUUACACAUUUGAUGUUACCAAAUGUGAUGAAAUCUUCGAUUUAUUAGUAAAAGAUGGCCAAAUGAUAGUGUCUCCUAAUACCAAAAUUCCUCCGUUAGAACAACGGAAGAAAAGAGGCUUCUGUAAAUAUCACAAUUUUUUAGGCCAUAAAACCUCACAAUGCUUUCUUUUCAGGGAUCUUAUUCAAAAUGCAAUUAAGGAUGGCCGCCUCAAGUUCGUUGACAGGGGGAGAAACCAGAUGAAGGUUGACGAUGACCCCCUCAACAUUGUUGACACAAAUUAUGUUGAACCUGUCGAAAUUAACAUGAUUGACAUGGUGGAAGUGGAGGCUAUGAAGGAAACAGGAAUUGAAGGUUAUGUGCUAGUUGGAAAGCAGGCUACUGAUGGCCUAAAUAAUGAUGUUCCCUUUGGAAUUUCUGUCAAAGGUAAACAGGUUACUGAUGUCGAACCAAAGGCCACUGAAGGUCUUAAUGGGAAGGCAUUUAAGGCUACUGAGGGCCUAAGGAAGAAAUUUGAGAAAAUUUCAAUCGCUGAUGGAGCCAAUCUAGGUGUCAACAUGGUGGAUCUGAACCAACCCCCCCCCCCCUGUAAGACUCUAAUUUUGGCCCUAAGAUCCCUCAUGGCAUCAUAG